AUGGCCAUGAGAUCAGUGCUGCUGCGCUCGGCGGCGGUGCGUGCUCAGACGCGGCGACCCAUUAAGAUUCCAUACGGUGCAUCAGCAUUGGUAGAACGCUGUGCGUCAUUCCAUAGUACGCGCAUCACUAUGGAACCCACGAAGCGCGAUUUUUACGAUGUCCUUGGGGUCUCACGUGACGCGAGUAAAAACGAUAUUAAGAAGAAAUAUUAUCAAAUGGCAAAGAAAUAUCAUCCGGAUACUAAUAAAGCGGACCCAAAUGCAGCCAAAAAAUUUGCAGAAGCCACUGAGGCUUGGGAGAUUUUGGGAGACGACGAGAAGCGCGAGAAAUACGAUGCUUACGGUCAUGCUGGUGUAGACGAGCAAGCGGGUUUUGGCGGUGCUGGAGGCUUUGAAGGACAGGGAUUUGAGGACAUUUUUGGGGAGUUUUUUGGUGGUCAGGGCUUUGGAGGACGUGCACGUCGCAGUAGUAACCAACCACAACGAGGCACUGAUAUUCAAGUAGAUAUCACGCUUAGUUUUAUGGAAGCGGUCAAGGGCACAAUGCGCGACUUGAACAUUACUACCGAUGUCGAAUGUGGCACAUGCAAAGGAUCUGGUGCUAAGCCUGGAACUAAGAAAAAGACGUGCUCGACGUGCAAUGGAUCGGGCGUAUACAUCAGUCAACAGGGAUUCUUUGCGAUCGAGACCCCGUGUCGCCGCUGUCGUGGUAAAGGAUCGGUCAUUGAGUCACCGUGCGAAAAGUGUUAUGGUAAAGGCACGGUCAAGAAGCCGCGUACUGUGGAGGUGAAGAUCCCGGAGGGUGUGGAUCAGGGCAUGAACCUCCGACUGACGCAUCAGGGUGAACCUGGUCAGUGCGGUGGACCGGCGGGACAUCUGUAUGUGUCCAUUCACGUUUUACCAGACCCGUUCUUUAAGCGUCGCAAAACGGAUGUGCUGGUGGAUGUGCCUAUCUCGAUUGCGCAGGCUGUAUUGGGAAGUUCAAUUGUGGUGCCUACUCUGACAGGUGAAGUAGAGUUGAAGAUUCCACGUGGGACACAGCCAGACACGGUGUUGCAGAUGCGCGGAAAGGGAAUCAAGGAGCUUAACUCUAACCGUCGUGGUUCGCAACUAGUGAACCUUCAGGUCUGCGUUCCAAAGAGCUUGUCAUCGCGACAGGAAGAGCUGAUGGAGGAAUUUCUAAAGGAGGAAAACGAGCGUGUGGAGAAGGGCGAGGACCCGGGUAGCAAGCCGCAUUCGUUCACCAAAUCAGUGCGGGACACUGUUGAUCGAAUAAAGAGUUUUAUUAAGGGUUGCAAGACGGACGAAUCUUCCUAG